UGCAAACCCGAUGAACAUGGACGACAAUCCUACGUGGGGGUCGUCAGACCUUGCAUGUCACCCCCCCAUAACGCCAUCCGUGGAAGGAAAUGGCGAUGACAGACAAGAAUUCCAUUAUGGUGGCGAUGGAGAGCGCCACUUGAGUCACAACGGGUCGGCCUUUGGUGGCACGAUGCCGCGCGUGCCUUCCUUCGCUCGCAUCGGGACAAUGUCACGCGCUCCAUCGAUGACUCGGGUUCCGUCCAUGAACCGUGUGGGAUCGUCGAGUCGACUGACGAGGGGUGUGUCUUCAAGUCAGUUGGUGGCGCUUCGUCGGCGCGCGACGACGUCGACGUUGACGGUGGUGCUGCAGAUCACCAACCAAGAGUUGCAAAACUUGGACGGGUUUGCCACCAUGGGUAUGCAUCGCACCGUGGUGUCGUCCUUUUCAAACUUGUGUGCGAUCUACGUGCAGCGCAACAAGAUCGAUUCGCUGGACGCAAUCGCGGCCUGCUCCAAGAGUCUCCUCGUUCUCAACGUCGCUUUCAACGCUCUAGAAUCCCUUCCUUCCUCGGAAUUUUGGGCGCACUUUACCCACCUUAGUGUGCUCGACGUCAGUCACAACCACUUGGCCAAGUGGAAACACGUCCACGGCGUCCAAGCAUGCGCCAGCCUCGUGCUGUUUCGAAUUCACGGCAACCCCAUCUCCGCGCAGCCGUCGUGCCGCGCCGUGCUUGUCAACCAGAUGCCGUUUCUCCUGGCGGUGGACGACCACGUGAUCACCGACGAGGAAAAGAUCGAAAAUGCUCAGUUUGGUCCGCGAUUUCAAGCUAAACACGAUCGCAUGUUUGUGCACAUGUGGAGUCCAUGGCUUCACGGACCCCCCAUGGUGUCCACAAACGAAGCGGUGGCGCCUGCUUUGGCUCGUACCCUCGUCUCUCUCAAGCGACUCGUCGAAAGCAACAGCCCAGUGAUUAUUGCCCAGAGAGUGUGGCGGGGGUACUGCAGCCGUAAAUGGAAGAUGCGUCCGUUGCACAUCAUGCGGCACGCCGUCCACACGAUCCAGCGAGUAGUUCGUGGCUCGUGGCUCCGUCGCCAUCUUUGGACGCAACUGCGUCAGGUGCUUGUGCCCUUACACAAGGAGAGGCUGCUGCUUCCAACAUGGGAGAUGCAGCGAUACCGCGCGGCCCCGCGCAUCUUGGCCGUGUGGACAGCCCGGCGUGACCAUUUUCGAGCCAAGAAAGCCAUGAAUCACAUCAAAACGUGGCUCCGAUCAGUGGUCACAACAUCGUCGCAGCUGCGACAGGCGAUGGUUUCGUCCAGCGACCAAUUGCGCAUUUACUGCGACACUGAGAGCGUCCAAGCGGUUCUGGAUGCCGCCGCAAAAUGCAUGGCCCUUGACGCCCGCCUGAUGGGAAUUGACGCCAGUCACUUGGCGUCGCGGGUGGUUCCCACGGACAUCGCCAUCUUCCGCCCGUCGACGUUCAAUGUUGUUUGCCGCGAGCAUCGGCACUCGUGGCGGCGAACCAUCCCGACGACCAUCAAGUGCGACGGCGUGUUUCGCCGCCUCCGACGCGCGACCCACGACCGAAUGCACAUGCUCCAUGCCGAAUGUAACGUCGUCGCAGACGACGUGCGCAGACUACUGUCCACAACUACGGAUGUAUCACCUGCCGCUUCCCCCCUCGCCCGACGCCAUCUAACGUACCAAGUCGCGGAAUCCCAAGAGCGUCAUGCAUGGCUAAGUACAAAUCGAUCGAAAUACCAACAGAAAGUCAAACAAAGCCACCACCGUCGAACGCCGUGUCUGUUUGAACGGCCCGUGGCCAUCCAACCCAGAGGCAACUCGUACAUUCGCCCCAUUCAUUCCUUCUCGCCUUGUGAUAUAAUAUUUUCACUAUGGAGUAGCCACGUCGUGCAAGUAGUACCCAAGGCCAUAACGACGACGCCUACCCACCAAAUGCUCAUGCUCUUCGUGCCUACCAGCGUCGCCAUGCAUCGGCGCAUGCUGCUCCUACUCAAGCGCACCACGCAUCACGCCCAUGCACUUCGCAUCUACUCGCCUCUCGCCAUCGCCCACCUCUGCGCCGCCACCACGCUGCAAGCCACGUGGCGGUCCUACCAAGUUCGACGAAACUGCCAAUUCAUCAAGUUAUUUCUCCAACGACGGGCGAUUUUGUGUCUGCAGCGGUGGUGGCGAUGCCUGUCGACAUUGGCGUGGCGCGCCGACAUGUACGAAGCAUGCGUACGUGUCGUGGCAGCCAUUGACUCGAGCGUCGUGUACAUGGAGGAGAGGGUGUUCAUGACGCUCAAGCAUCCAUCUCUGGUCCAGCGCGCGCUGGAUGCGAUGCCUCGGCUUCCUAGCCACGGCUGGAAGUUUAAGUUUUCAAAUCGUGAGCUCACGGUACCCAUCACCCUUGACGAGAGCCUGUCGAGGCUGCCCGAGGACGAAAAGCAGACGUACCUCAACACGUUUUACGUGGAAAAUGGCCUCGAACGCGUGGGGUUUCCCGUGUGGAUGCCGUCGACGCCACCUCAUGAGAUUGUCGGCCGAGAGGAGAAGCAAGUGUCCAAGCAACAGGUGGGGCUGAUAAUCACACAGCAUUGCAUCGAAUCGGUGGUCACGGAUGCGGUGGAGCCGCCGACUGCCCUGGACGACACGGAGCGGUGCAGUGCCAUCGACUUUGGCGCGUUCACGGCGUGCCGCAACAUUCUGCAGGACAAUGAGACACUGGUCAAGUGGUCUUUGAACGACGUGGGCGACAUGAACUGGUAUUCCGCGUUUGGAAUCACCCUGGUCAAGCUCGAGUUCGACUCUGUCGCAGAAGCCCGGCACCGCGCGGCCAUGCUCCUUGUCAAAACAUUCGACGCGCGACACAAAACGUAUGCCCGCUUGUAUACCGUUGGCAUGCUGCGGUACCUCUGGCUGAAUAAACCUGCGACAAGUCGACACGGGUAUGUGUUUAGCCGCGACUGGAUUCGGUUGGGCCUGGACAUGCCUUCAAGAUGGGGAUGUCAUCACGAUGCAUACAGCCACCAAGGAGGCGGCUGCGACAGCGCGCACAUGCGCCACCGGCCGUCCACGGUGCCCGGGGCGACCGAAGCGUUCUCUGCGAGCGAGGUCACGGCGUCACAGAGCCAUCGAAGCCACCUGCUGUCGUCGCACAUGGAACGCGAGAAUGACGUGGCAGCAGCAGGCAGCCCCACCGCCGCCAUGCUCGUGCACCACGUGACAGUGGCAAAGGAUUUAGACCCGUCGUACCAACUGCAUGUACUCAAGCAGCAGCAAGCCGACACCGUGCGCCUCGAGUCGGAAGCGCUGGAAAUCACUCGGCACCACGACAAGUCCGUCGCGCUCAAAGCCAAGCAAAGGCACGUCGCUACCCAGCAUUUCCGUCCCCGUCCCCCCCCCAAUGCGACGUCGACUUGUCCAACUCAUUCUUCUUGGACGUCUACGGCGGCGAGUCGAAAAUCGAAAUUUCAAGACAAACAGCUUGCGGUGGACAGUGCGAUCCGGGCCGACGAAGCGGGGGAGGCGCGCGCCGCGGCCAUCCUGUAUCGCAUGCGACUGACCCAACGCGCCAACCAAGCCACGGCCGUGGAGCGCCAGAUGGUCGCGCGGGAGAGCUCAGCGGCGAUCGCAGCGCACAAGAUCCAAAUCGAUGCCCAGCUACAGCGCGCAGCGUACGAACAGGCGCAGCUGCUGCUCGUGAAACAGCAGCGCAAGGCGGUGGAAGUGGCUUUGGCAAGGCGGAAGAAGGCGCAGCGCCAGUUUGCGCGCCAUUUCGGCCAACAGACUGUCGGGCUCAUGCGAUGCCACGCGAGGGACCGCGCGCAGGACCGUGCCGUGGCCGCGUUGGACCUGCCGGUGGAGCAUGUCCAGUUUGCCAAGGUCGCAGAGAAGAAAGUGGACGAGUCCAUUCGAGCUAAACGCACCGAGCGACUCGUGGCCAACCAGCGACACCGUGUCAUGCAGUCGAUGGAGAUUCAAGCGGCGCUCGAGUUUCAAGAGACCCAAGAACGACACCGGCUAGACGAUAUCCAAGCCCGCGUGGCGCAAGAACGCAAGCUCAAGCAACUGCUACAAACCGAAGAUUUCUAGCGAGAUAGGAUGAUAAUGUAUUUUUAUUAACGUACAUGGCCA